CGCGCGCGCUCGCGCAGCUGUCAUGAGGGGAAGAUGAGCGACACCGUGAUCGAGGGAGCCGCUAGACUCAGAGACGGCAAAAAAUGGAGGAGCCGCUGGCUGGUUCUGCGCAAACCCUCACCGGUCGCAGAUUGUCUGGUGCUGUCGGUGUAUAAGGAGCGCGGUGUGAAGGAGAGGAGCGUGACGCUGGAGCACAUCUGCGGUCUGGAGGCGUGUGCCGGCGGCGACGGCGUUCCCUUCGUCCUCUCCGUCCUGUGUCUCGGUCAGACCGCGGUGCUCGGGUUCGACAGCAGGGAGGCGCUGCAGAGCUGGGACCUCCGGCUGCGCUACUGCCUCGGGGAAGUCCACAGUUUCAGUGUGUCCGUGCUGCCCGGCACCAAACUGGAAAGCGGCCCGGCGACUCUGCAUCUGUGCAACAAUGCUCUGGUCAUCGCCAAAGACCUGCCGGCGGUCAUCAUCGGUCACUGGAACCUGCUGGACCUGCGGCGAUACGGGCCGGUCAGCAACGGGUUCGUGUUUGAGGGAGGAACGCGCUGCGGUUACUGGGCCGGCGUCUUCUUCUUGUCCUGCGCCGAGGGAGAGCACAUCAGUUUUCUCUUCGACUGUAUUGUUCGUGGCAUUUCCCCGUCCAGAGGCCCGUUUGGACUGAAGCCACCGCUGCCAGAGCCUUCGGCGCAGGACAGACUGAAGCAUGAGGCGGAGGAGCUGGAGCGGAGGCUCAGUCUGCUGUCUCACAGCACAGCUUCGAGCUCACGUUUUGGCUCUUCGCUUGCGGGUGACGACCGCAGUAUUUCCGGUUCCUCUGACGCUUCAGACACGAGCCAAUCAGAUGGCAGCGUCAGCGGUCGUCCUGCGGCGUGGAGCGACCUGCUUCUGCCCGGCUCUGCUGAAGCGUCUCAGGUCCCGGCCGAUCCCGUUCGCUCGCGGAGGCUGAAAGAGUCCGGCCGACAGAACUCGUCCGACAGCGGCAUCGCGACCGGCAGCUUCUCGUCAUACAGCGGGAGUCUGGACGCCGCCGGUCCGGGAGAGGAGUACGGCGCUCUGUUUAACCCCUGCUCCUGCUCGUCCUGUCCCGUCCAUGAAUACCAGGUUCCCUCGUCCCUGCGGUUCCUGUACGACUCUCCCCGGAGCCUGCUGGAGGCCAGCAGACACAGCAGCGCCUCUCAAGACGAGCCCUGCGCCGAAUCUCCCAGCCAAUCAGAUUCAGAGCUCGAUAAAGGGGAGGAGUCACAGACGAGGAACGGCCUGAGAAAAGCGGGGGAGGUUUCGGGUUUAUCCUGUAGUAAAAACUGCUGUUCACUUCCUCCUGCUGGGAUGAAAUCCCUCUUCACUUCCUGCUCCGUCUGCGGAGGACUCAAGGGCUCUUUUCCACAUCAUUCACUGCCCGCUGCGUCAGCGCCAGGUGAACAUUCGGCCACACCCACCGAGCCACCCGCCAAUCAGGAGCCGGCGGACAUCAGACCCGCGUCCUCGACCAAUCACGAUGCGCGGAAGCCCUCGUCUGAACGCUCGCCGACCAAUGAGGAGAAGCGAGCGGAGGACGGAGACUCCGGUCUGUCCGAUCUCCUGUCGCUCUACAGUCCUGCGGCCAGAUCGCUCAGGAGCAGCGUCUACGAGGCCAUGGCCGCGUCCAGACACACCGUCCUGUACGAGAACUGUGUCCAGUGCAGGAGAGGAGAGGGCAGCUGCCGGAGACCCGCAGCUCCGUCCAGAGACCCGAGGAGAAACGUCUCCGAGUCGCCCUGCUCCUCCGCGGUCGCUCUGCAGAGAAUCCCUGCGGAAGAUAACAGAGAGAGAAUAUGGGCCGAGAAAGGAAGAACGGAUCCUGCUUAUGAAGUGAUGGACGGCCGAUCCCCAGACAGGAGCCCGGAGGAGGAGCGCAGCAGGAACGAGCUCCAGACGCCUUCGCAGAAGACUGAAGGGCCGACGGACAGACCGAGAGGAGACGCGGUGACGUACGUCAACAUCCCCACCAGCCCCGCGUCCAAAAAACAGCUGCAUUACAUGGAGCUGGAGCUGCAGGAGUCCAGCGCCGGAGUCAGAGGAAAAAGCUCCAGCAAAUACGCUCAGAUCGACAUCAUGGCGACGGAGGCGGCUCACAGAGCGGGUUCCCAGCAUGCACUGGGGCGAGAGGAAGGCCUGCAGAGACUGGAGCAGCAGAGGAGACGCCGAGGUCUUCCUCACGCUGAAGAGAGAUCCACUCUCCUCUGGACAAGCUGACCAAAACACCCUCACGGUCCAGACAGUGUGCAUAUAGUGUAGUAGUGCUCGUUUCCUCAUGUAUAAUCACUAUGUAGUGAACAGGGAAGGAGUCUCCGGUCAGCCGCUGCUAGAUAAACGUGUUCAAUGCACAGAACCAGAAAUGCAGUUUUUUAUUCAUUUUUAUGAUUUCGUUUUAAAAUGCUGAAUAUUUGUUGUAUUGCUUUCUAGUUGCAUUGGUAUGAAAGAGGCUGCAUUUGUGUAGCAUGUUUAGUCUUUUUAUGAACAGAGAGUCAUUUUUACAUUAAAGUGUUGAUUUUGUAUUUUGUACAUUACAGUACUGUAUGUUCUCAUUUUCUUUUUCGCUCUAGGUUUUUAUUUAUUUUUUUGCAGUCAUGUUGUCAUAUAUUGUGGUAUGAUAUGAUACCAUCUCAUACUGACCCUUCUCGAUAUAGAUAUUAUAUUAUUUGGUUAUUAUAACAACAUGAUACUGCUAAUAAUAUUUUUUGUUAUUGCUAAUGUGCUAUAAAAUAAAAUAUUGUUCAGUAUUGUUAGUUAAUAUUAUUUAAAAAUAAUUAUUUUGCCUCAUGUUUUUCUAUUUCUUUCAUUAAA